AUGUCCGCAGGCACACUCUACACAUUCAAAGGCUCCGGCAACAGCUACAAAGUUCGUUUGCUGGAAGCUCUUCUGGGUAUUCAACUCAAGCACGAAGAAAUAGACUUCCUCGCCGAUCAGCAACACUCGCCAGAAUUUCUCAAAAUCAACCCGCGCGGAGAAGUGCCUUGUCUCGUUGACGGCGAUAAGACAUUUAAUGACUCCAGCUCUAUCCUCACAUGGCUAGCAGGCAAAUGGAGCGACGGAGGCAAAAGUCAAGGACCUUCAUCUUACUGGUCUAAUGAUCUCUAUGAGCAGGCUCAGAUCAUAAAUUGGCUGGCCUUCGCAAACUCCUGGGUCCAAUACGGCGUCUUCACCAACCGCGCCAUCCUCUCCUACAACGGACCCUACAACGGCCUCGGAAACAACCAACAAUGGUCGCAAGAGAAACUCGACGUCUUUCUCGAGGAAGGCGCUCUUCGCGGAAACCAAUCUCUCAAGAUCCUCGACAAACAGUUGGAGACCAACGACUGGUUGGUGCUCGGUCGCCCAACGAUCGCGGAUAUCAGUGUUUUCGUGUAUAUCGCGUUGGCGGAGAUGGGAGAUAUCAGUUUGAAACCUUAUGAGAAUGUGAGAAAGUGGAUUGAGAGGAUUAAGGGUUUGAAGGGAUUCCUUCCUAUUGAGGGGUUGGAUAAUCCUUUGUUGCAUUUGGAGAGGUGGAAGAGUGCUGGGAGGGAGAAGCCGUUGAAUGUGGGGAAGUAG